UAGCGUUUCAAAACAGAGUGAAGGUGAGUUUGAGUGUUCAGAAAAAGAGCGAUUGUGAGGAAAAAAUUCUAAUUUCUUUUUAAAAAAAAAAUUUGUGAGUGAUUUUCUUCAGCUUCCCUCCCCCCCAUUUCUAGCAAUCCCGCUUCUCUGUAUCCCAUUCUGUAAUUUCAUCUGUUAGUUUCUACGAAAACUUGAUUCUCGGUUUGUUUUGGUUCCUUCUUUCAAAAUUUAAAAAAAAAAAAGAAAAAUCAAACUUGUAAAAUGGCUUUCUUCAGAAUUUUCAGGUGGUUAUCAGAAUAGAGAUUCAGUGUUGUUUUUUUUUGAAAGUUAUUAAUUAAUUUUUUCAGUUUGUUCUUAGCUUUGAUAAAUCAACUUGCAGAGAUUUCUUUUUAUAUCUCUGAAGUUGUUCUUAGUUUCAUUAGUAUAAAGAAUUUAUACUUUAUUUUCUCUUUCAGGUACCUUUUCAUUUUGUAAUCAGUUUUCUUUAUAUGUAAAACUAUAACCUGUUCUUUAAUUUUGUUAAGAACCAGGUUAGAUUUUCACAUUUUCUUAUAAUUUUUCUUUUUUCUUUUCUUUAGUUUAUCAUCAACAUUAUAUAUCAUGGCAACAGCAUUAGAUAUCUACAGUGGUUGUAAUAGAAGUAGUAGUAAUGAUUUUUCAGAUUUAUUUACAGGAGGAGGUGAAUUAAUGAAAGCACUGGAACCUUUUAUCAAAGGUGCUUCAUCAUCUUCUCCAGACUCUCCAUCUCCAUUUUCUUCCUCUAACUCUUCUUCUUUUUCCUCAACCCCUAAUCCCUUUUCUUUUUCUACCUCUCCUUUUCCUUCUACUUCUUUCUCUCCUUUCCCAACUUCUCAAUCUGAUUUUUACACUCCGGAAUUUUGUUCAACAUCAAACACACCCCAGAUGUUUUAUCCAGGGGGGUCUAGUCCAAAUAUUUUUGGUCAUGAUGAACAAUCUGGUUUAUUAGGUUUAAAUCAACUUACCCAGCUUCAAAUCCAACAGAUUCAGGUACAAAUUCACCUUCAACAACCACAACAGCAGCAGCAUCAAUUCAUGGGUCUUUCUAAAUCUGGGAUUGAUUCAAUUCAGAAUCAGUAUCAACAUGAAUGGACCCAACAACACCAACCACAGAAAACUAGCCUAAGUUACUUAAGUCCUAAAUCAAUCCCAAUGAAGCAACAAAUAGGUUUAGGAAAACCUACAAAGCUUUAUAGAGGUGUUAGACAAAGGCAUUGGGGAAAAUGGGUUGCAGAAAUCCGUUUACCUAAGAAUAGAACUAGGUUAUGGCUUGGUACUUUUGAUACUGCUGAAGAAGCAGCUUUAGCUUAUGAUAGUGCUGCUUAUAAGUUGAGGGGUGAAUUUGCUAGACUUAAUUUCCCUCAUCUUCCCCAUUCUCAUGAUGACAGAAAACCUCUUAAUUCUCUUGUUGAUUUGAAGCUUCAAGCUAUUUGUGAAAGCUUAGCUGAUCAAAAGAAACAGGGGAGGAAGAAGACUUUGGGCAAGAAGAAACUUCCCUCUAAGAAUCAAAUAGAGGAGGAGGGUUCUUGGAAACCAAAUAUGGUAGUUGAAAACCAUCAAACAUUAGGGUUUCAGAAUCAUGGUUAUUGUAAGGUGGAAGAGACUUCAUUAUCAUCACCAAUGUUUUUGGAGAGUGAUGAAUCUGCAAGUUCUUUAUCAUCAUCAUCACCUGAAUCUGAUAUUAAAUUCCCCGAGUUUAUGCAUCAACAGCAAUCGGAGAAUGUCAAUUUGAAGAAAUAUCCAUCAUGGGAUUUUGAUUGGGAAGCCAUCCUUUCAUGAUUAAUUUGUUUGUAAUUCAGUUUCAAAUAGUCUCUACUGCAAUGGGUUUUUGACAUUUGCAGAGAGUUUUUUUUAGACUAUUUAGUUGUUCAGUUUAUUUAUCAUUGUAGAUUGUUAAUCAGGGUUAUGUUAAUAUGUAAAAGGAGGUAUCAUUCCUCCUCUUCUUUAGUUGAUCUGCUUGUUUUUUCCUUGCAUCGAUCAGCUGGAUUGUAAGAAAAAAAGACCUCUGUUUUGUAAUUGUAAUUGUAAUUUCCGUCUAAGAAUCUAUGGUUUUUUCAUUGCUUUUA